CAACAUACACAGUAACUACAGAAGCCCCUCCCGCCCUGGGUAUACGCUAAAGAGGCCCCUAUAGAGUCCCCGGUAUAGAGCGGCGCCGGGUAUAGAGACUCCUGGGCACAUACAGACCCCUGGAUAUAGAUCCCCGUGAAGACUAGCCUAAGAAUAGAGAUCCCAGGUUGAGAGCCCUCCACUGAUGUGGGUCAUUCUUUCAUACAACCUCCAAUGAGGAGAUCUUGAUUGUAUUAGCAUUAAUGUGUGCUCAUUGUAACACUAGUAUAAAAUGCCCAUUUGACGCCGUACUUAGUUGCUAAGUUCUUGGUAUUGAGAUGAAAAUAUCUUUAUAUUUAUUUCUAUAUACAGAGAAAGAACAUGAAUUAACAGCCCCUAAAGAGCCCCUAAAGAGCCAUCAAUCCCAACCUGACAAUGGGCAAAGAUCUCACACCCGAGAGUGUCACCUCCAUCCGCCAGACACUUGAAAAUGCCUGUGCGGAUCAAGAGCGCGGAAUCCCGGGGGUGACCUUCGUCGUAGCCGACAGAGAAGGCAAGCAGCUCUUUGCCCAUGCCGCAGGCAAACGCGGCAAGGGGGUCGACGAGCCCAUGACCCUGGACUCUGUCUAUUGGAUCGCUUCGUUCACGAAGAUGAUUACUGGAAUUGCUUGCAUGCAGCUGGUUGAGCAGGGGAAACUUUCUCUCUAUGAUGCUGGGCAGAUUGAAAGCCUGUGCCCGGAAUUGAAGGAGUUGAAAGUCUUGCAGAAGGAUGGGACGGUGGUGGAGAAGAAGAGAGGGAUUUCGUUGAGGAUGUUGUUGACGCACACUGCGGGAUUUGGAUAUUCCUUUUUCAAUGAACAGGUUCGAGACUACAACCGGCCUAUUGGCUUCGAUGAAUUCUCAGGUCACGUAUACGAUGUUACGCAGCCGUUGAUCUUCCAACCUGGCGAGGGGUUUGAGUAUGGUGUUGGCAUUGACUGGGCAGGAAUCGCUGUCGAGCGGGUUACCGGCCUCUUGCUCAAUGACUACUUCCAUAAGUAUAUUUUCGAGCCUCUCGGGCUAAAGAAUAUCAGCAUGCUCCCUUCAGCUGAGAUGAAGGCGAGGCUGGCAUAUAUGCAUUCCCGGAACCCAGAUGGCACCUUAUCACAGAGGGAUCAUUUGUUAAGGUGGCCCCUACUGGCCAAGAACAAGGAGGAGACCAAAGGCAUGCUGAAUUCCGGCGGAGCGGGUUGUUUCUCCACCUCGCAAGAUUAUUUGGACAUCCUCACCACCUUGCUAAACGACGGCACAUCGCCCAAAACGGGCAAACAAAUCCUCACCAAAUCCACCGUCGACCUUAUGUUCCAAAACCAUAUCCCCCACAUGCCCAACUUUGGCAGGCAAGGUAACCUGCUGAACAAGAAACCCGACCUCGUCAACAAUGUGCCGGACAUCUACCCCCUGAACAACAAUGAACCGCAGGGCUGGGGCUUGUCGUUCAUGAUCACGAGCAGUUUGACCGGUAGGAGCGUGAAGAGCGCAAUGUGGGCGGGUAUUGCGAACUUGUUCUGGUGGUGUGAUCGGGAGCAUGGUAUUGCUGGUGUGAUUUGUACGCAGAUUUUGCCAUUUGCGGAUGCCAAGUUAGUUCCGUUAUGGUUUGAUGUUGAGAAGAAAGUUUAUGAUGGGCUGAAGUAAACAAGGGGGCAAUAUGAUGUCAGAUUGAAGACGUGUAGAUCGAACCAUGUGGAAAUGUUGAAUUGUUGUAGAUAUGGAGUAUAUAGCUGUGAUGAAUGAAAGAAUGGUAAAUUGUGAUAACAUAUGGAGAAACGCCUGCGCAUGGGUUGGAAAGACCCGAUAUAACAUGCUUCUACGCCGUC